AUGAAUCAUCCGACCGCAUAUACGCCCCUCGAGUCGCUCUUCCUUUUCCAGUCGCUGCUGACACACGGGGCCGACACGGGAGCGUUUGUUCGGAUUUCAGAGAUACUCAAGAACAAUGCGCUCGUCAAAAGCGACAAAUCGUUCGAUGCGGCGCGUUUAGCUCCCGAUGCGCUGCAGCAGCUGUUCCUCUUGCUGCUACGCGAGGAGGCGAAGAACGGGACCGGCUCGACGACCACAACGAAUGCCACAGCAACAACUGCGGGCUCGAGCACAACGGCAGCAGAUGCGUCGGCAUCGCCCGCGCCGCGGAAGAGGAAACUGGGCAGUCCACCAUUGCCGGCUCUCAGGGAAGCUUAUGAGCACAUUGAAAGGGUUCCAGCGUUGGUGGAUCGACUAUAUGCCAGAUACCGGGAUACCAUCGUGAAGGAAAUCAGGGAAGACGAGGAGAAGUUUGCAACGGUCCAGAAGCAUAUCCAAUGUCUCGAGAAGAACGAGAACGAGAGAUUGGCAAAGGCGGCAGCGAGUCAGAAUGCCGCAUCGACGCUAGCUCCUCGAGAUGGACGUCCGAAUCCUGGUCAAUCUCCAACUCCUGCCCCUGGGCAAGCCGGCGUUAUCAAAAGACCCAUGUCUACGACACCAGUUUAUCCGCCAAGACCGCCUUCAACUUCGACUGUGCAGCCGUCAGUCGCAGCGCCCAGUCACUUGCAGACGGGCACAACCCCAGUCCGGCCGCCGCAGCCUUCGCCAAAACCUCCAAGUACCACGGCAUCUGGACUACAGGCGCCGGCCGGAAUGCCCCAGCCUGGGUCCAGAGUUCCGCAGCCGCCUGGCCAGCCUCCGAAGCCGGCACUAUCGCCUCGUCCAGACGCUGCUGCUGCUGCUGCUGCUCUCAAGCCGAAGGAGGCCACACCGUCGGCCGCGGGGCAAGCAGCAGCCACGGGAACUUUGAAGUGGGAGAAGCCGUAUCAACCUCCAGCACCGCAAACUCCGCAAACACUACAAACGUCUGGAACAGCGGCACAGGCCCAGCCUACGGCUCCCAUCAAUGCUACAUCUGGAGCCUCGAGGGAACCGCAGCAGCAGCGGACUCCACAACAGCAAGGACAGUUUGCUGGUCCAUUGCCAACUCCGGCUGUGGCUGCCCAGGGCCGACCUAUCCCAGGGAAACAAGUUCUCGUAGCGCCCCAGACUAUCGGGCAACUCUCUACGCCAGUGCAACCAGCUCGGCCUCGACCUGGCGGGGUUCCGGCUGUGCAAAGUCAACCGCAACAACAACAGCAGCAGCAGCAGCAGCAUAAUCCUCGACCGAUCUCGACAACGCCUGUUAUUCCACCUAGCCGACCUUUCCCCCCUCAACCGGCACAACAGACACCGAGACCAAUUGCAGCAGCAUCACCAACACCACAAAAGGGUGUCACUGUGCCCACCAUAGCCCCUCAAAAAUGGACGCCGGCCCAAGCUGCACAGCAGCAACGAACACGACGGCCAUCACCCUCCGCCUCUCCGGGCCCCUUGGCGCAGAAGGACAAGGGGAAUACUACUCCUUAUAAUACGCAACCGCCACCACCACGGCCAGCCAUUCCAGAACAUAUUAUCCGACAAGCGGCUGCAGCACAAGCGGCGGCUGCGGCUGCGACGCCAAACGCCAAGAAGAUCAGCCCCGUCACGGCUGCUCCAAGUACGCCCGGUGCCACAACUCCGAUGGCCGCGCUCACCCGCGGAUUCGGAACCAAAUGGGCGUCUCAUUCUACUCCUUCUACGCCACGACCUAUCACAGCUGAACCGGAGAGCCCGGCAUAUGAGCCAGUUAGCCCGCCACCUCGUGAUACGUCAAUACUGUCUGAUACGCCAAGGUCUAGUUCAAAGAGAGACUUACCCAAGGGCGGCUUGAAGACGGGUGUGGCCAGACCCAGAGGCCGACCGCCCAGAAGCUCGCACGGAGGGCGUGGAAUGAGCACUACCCCAUCAAUCAGUGGGACUAGGAGAAGCCAGUCUGUUGCUUCCCAAGCCGAUGAGCUUGCCAUGGAUCAUCCCAUCAGUUCCACACGGAUCAAGCGCGAAAUUCUCACUCCGCGGCACAUUGAGGAAACAGGCGAUACCACGGCAGAUGAGAGUGUAUAUGGUCGAACAAAUAUGGCAACUCCCGGCAGUGCCUCGUCAAGACUCGCUAAACGGAAAAGACAAGAGUCACCACCACAUGUACCUACUGCACCUCCCACACAAGUCUUGUGGACUCGCGGUUUCACCAAGGUGUCCUCGUCGGCUCUCGACCAGAUCUCAAGCCACCGCGAUGCCAACAUGUUUGCCACGGGUGUCCGCGAGAGAGACGCCCCAAACUACCGGCAAAUUGUACUGCAGCCCCAAGACAUCACGUCAGUACGGGCUGCCAUCAAGCAAGGGAACAAGGCCGCCAUACAAGCAGCAGGCAGUCUCCCGGGCGGCGACCCUGGAACGGCAAGUGUUCUCCUUCCCAUAUCCGAAGACCUCGUCCCUCCCAAGGGCAUUGUCAACUCUGCCCAACUCGAACGGGAGCUGGUCCACAUGUUCUGCAACGCCAUCAUGUACAACCCCGAUCCUGACCGAGGGCCCGGCCCUGCAUUCCUGAAACGUUCCCGGGACGAGGAGGAGGAAGUUGUAGGCUACCACCUUGACGAGAACGGCGUGGUCAAGAAUACGCGCAGCAUGUUUGUGGAAGUCGAGAAACUGCUUGGCGAUCUUCGCAGCGCAGAGAAGGACCGCGGUGCACCACCGCCCUCUGCCACACGUCCAGCCAGUGUCGCGACGCCCGCAGACGACACUGCCGAAGACGAGGACGAACUGGCGGGGGAUGGGAUCACGGCGGCCAGCGCCGUGAAAAGAAGACGGACCACGACGAGGAACUAG